CGCACGCUAUGAACUACGUUGUUACGAAUGAAUACACUAUCAUCGUGCAAUAAAAUACAGUAUACAGUACUUCGAAGGGGACUCCCCGACUGUAAAUAAUUUAGUUAUAAGAUUCGACAGAAAAUAAACACGGACGAAAGCAUCAUCGAGCUUCAUGGUUGUCAGCAGUUAUCUUGCUAAUUGUUAAUUCACAUUAACCCACAAUAUGAUGCGUGCAUUCACCCAAGCUUCGUCGAGGAUUGUUAGAUCUUUCCAUUCAUGCCAAACAUGUUAUGCCGCUAAAAUUAUAGAUGGCAAAGCUGUUGCAGAACAGGUAACUCAGGAAGUAAAAGAAGAUGUUGAUAAGUGGGUUGCUAAGGGCAACCGACAACCCCACCUUAGUGUGAUUUUAGUUGGAGAUGAUCCCGCAAGUAAAACGUAUGUUAGGAACAAAACAAGAACAGCAGAUAAAGUCGGAAUUACAUCUGAAACAAUACGAAAGCCUUCUGAUAUAACACAAGAACAACUACUAAAAGAAAUCCAGGCACUAAAUGAUAACCCAGAGGUUGAUGGGAUACUUGUGCAGCUACCUGUUCCGCAACAUAUAAAUGAACGUCUAGUAUGCGACUCUGUGAGGCCGGACAAGGAUGUGGAUGGAUUCCAUAUGAUAAACAUUGGACGUUUAUGCCUUGAUUUACCCACUAUGAUUCCAGCCACACCGUACGGGGUUAUGGAACUCAUCAGAAGAUAUGGUAUCAACCUUUUUGGAAAAAAUGCUGUCGUAUGCGGGAGAUCAAAAAAUGUUGGCGGUCCAAUUGCCAUGAUGCUACAGUCUGAUGGAGAACAUUCAUCUAAGAUGGGUAAAGAUGCGACCACAACUGUGUGUCAUCGCUACACACCUCCCGUCGAGCUUGCUAAGUACACAAAAACAGCUGACAUCAUCAUAACAGCUGUUGGCUGCCCUAAACUCAUCAAGUCUAAUAUGAUCAAAGAGGGCGCUGUCCUAAUUGAUGUAGGCAUUACUCGUACCAUAGAUCCAAGCACAAAAAAGUUCAGAUUAGUUGGUGAUGUAGACUUUGAAGAGGUGUCAAAGAAAGCUGGAUAUAUUACCCCAGUCCCUGGAGGAGUUGGGCCAAUGACUGUCGCAAUGCUAAUGAAGAAUACAUUAAAAGCUGCAAGGAAGGACAUCAGCUACACAUAGAAGGCAGUAUAAGUUGCUGAAAACAUCAGCUGCAUGUAGAAGACAGUGGAAUUUGCCAAAGAUAUCAGCUAAUCAUAGAGGACAGUAUAUGAUGAGAGCCAAAGAUGUCAACUACUCAUUAAAGGUUGAACUGACACCCCUGCUAGUCAAGCUGGAUAUAUUGCUGCAAGAUAUCAAAGAUUGUGUGUGAAGAAUUAAGCAUCCCUCCAAUCAUUGCCUACAAUGAUGUACCAAAUGGUCACAUAAUUUGCAUCUGUAAUUUGAUUGGUCAACAUCAAUUGCAUUUAUGAUAUCAAGAUGAUACUGGUUACUAAUAGACUAGCAGUAAGGUACAGGUCCAUCUACUGCAACAAAUAUUUAAUUAAAACGUAUAGGUAGCUUACUUUAAUUUAGAUUACCAUUAUUUUUUUAUUGGUAAUUAUGUGGUACUUAAUGGUAAAAAUAAACUGAAAAACUUUUUAUAAAAUUUUAAUUUUGUACAAUAAAUAUCAAAAAUGUGUUUAUAAUUUUUACAGUUUUAACUAAACAAAAUUUGCAAACAAAUACUUGGUUACUAGAUUAAUGCUAGUGGUCCGUUUCCACUGUAGUAGCAAUAAUGCUAUGCAGGUGUGAUUCUGUGCUUUUUAUGACAUGAUGUGCUCUGCCCCUUUACUGUGGCCAAAAACUGACUAAGAGAAACUGAGAUAAUAAAAGAAAAUGUAAAAAUUAAUUGAAAGUCUGUUUAAAUUGCCUAAUCUCUUUCGGAUCAAUCAAACUCAACCAAAAAGGCCAUCUUGCUUUUCAUUUUCCAAUACUGAUGGUGAUACAGUGAUAAGAGUGUUGAUAUGAGUGUUUCUGGUUGGGUCUGAGAAUACAUGAGGGAGGGGAAGCUGACUGUUUGGAGUUACAGUGAAUUUUUACUUAAGCUGCUCCUGACCAUUGUAAUCAUGCUUGAUUUUGUAUAGUACUACUACACAAAUACAGUAAAUAAAUGAAAUGAAAUGGCCAUUGCUGUCGGGUCGUGAAGUUCAUGCUGAUGGUAAUUUUCUGAUGGGCCAUUUAAGCGAGCAGCUUCUCCAACUCCUGUUUGAGUGGUUAUAAAUUGGACCCACAAGUUUUUUAUGAGUCACAGAAGUUUUUUGGAAAGCAGAAUGGCCUCCUACACUUCCGCAGCAUUCAAAAAUUUCCCAGGAACUAACUCGUCUCUUGCAAAUUCAUGGUAUAGGUAUAUAUAUAUAUAUAUAUAUUAGGUGUUGAGAAAGCUGAUUUAACCUGGCUUCCCCCAUGGUGGAACCCUGUGGACCCCAGUUGAGAACCAAGGAUAUACAUUCACUUAAAUUCUGGGAUUUCAUAAACCUCGAGUUCAUAAACUUGCUGCGAGUGUAUAAACUUGCUGCGAGUGUAAACUAAACAGAACUAAAGAAAUGUAUGGUGUACAUGAAAGCUUGUGUCUCAAUUUAUACACAACCUAGUAGUCUAUAAAGUGCUGCUACUCAUUAACACAAACCAAAAAUUUGUCAACUUAUUUAUUUUAUUAUAUGUUUCAGUGGCAAGCAAUUGAUCGUGUAAUUUAAUCAUACAAUCACCUAAUCAGCAUAUUAAAUUAGUUAAACGAUUAGGAUGCACAGCCAUUACUGGUCUCAGGAUAUGUACUUCUUGGCAGUGUUUAACUAUUAGUACUUGAGUAAGUUUGUCUUUUGUAUUGCAGUGGUAGUGUUAAUAUCAGUGAUGGUUUGGUGAUAAUUUGUAACCUGUUAUUUUUUUUAACAGAACCCAAAGAUACAAUCAGGAAUUUAAAAAAAAAAACCUCGAAAAAAGUGGACAAAAUAUAUUUAAAUAAUAUGUUGCAUUUUGAUGAUAUAUGUACUAUGUACAUAUAUGCUCAUAUGUGUAUAAUGACAUACUAUACAGUUAUUAUAUAACUAUGUAUAGCUUUGUCUUAUUUAAUAAGAAUUCUAACUGCAAUGUAUUCGAUGUUCAAAA